UGGCGUCAUCACCAGAUUCAUAAUAAAUUUUCUAAUUCCACCCCUCUCAUCCGGCCUUCCUUUCACUCCCCCCCUCUCUCGCGCCGCACGCACUCCUCCCCCUCGACCUCGUCGCCGACGCCGCGAUGCCGGAGGACGUUGAGAUGAACGACUCCGCUCAGCCCGCCCCCGCCGCCGCUCCCGCGGCCGCCGACGCGCCCGCGCCCGCGCCCGCUCUCUCCACCCUGCAGCAUCUGAAGGAGAUCGCGUCCGUGGUCGAGGCGGGGUCGCUGACCAAGGAGGUCCGCCGGAUCUCCCGCGCCAUCCGCCUCACCGUCGCCCUCCGCCGCCGCCUCGCCGCCCCAGACGUCGCGGCCUUCCUCGCCUUCGCGCUGCCCCCUUCCUCCGAGGCCUUCACCCGCCUCUCUCCGCUCCUCCCCAAGGAAGAUGGAAGUGAGAUGGAUGUUGAUGCUGCAGCUCCAGCAGCUCAAGUUUCAAUCAAGCAUGGACUCCCAGAGAUUGAAAUAUACUGCUACCUGCUUGUGUUGAUUUUCCUUAUUGAUCACAAGAAAUAUGAUGAGGCUAAAGCAUGUGCGAACUCUAGCAUUGCUCGUUUGAAGAAUCUCAACAGGAGGACUGUUGAUGUUUUGGCUUCUAGGCUGUAUUCGUAUUACUCGUAUGUCCAUGAACUCACCAACAGCCUUGCUGAAAUUCGUGGAACUCUCCUUGGGUUGCACAGGAUGGCAACUUUGCACCAUGAUGAGCUUGGGCAGGAAACUCUUCUUAACCUGCUUCUUCGCAAUUACCUGCACUACAACCUAUAUGACCAGGCAGAAAAACUUAGGUCAAAGGCACCGCGUUUUGAAGCACAUUCCAAUCAGCAGUUCUGCCGCUAUCUGUUCUACUUGGGAAAAAUUAGAACAAUUCAGCUCGAAUACACUGAUGCUAAAGAGAGCCUCUUGCAAGCUGCACGGAAAGCACCCACUGCAGCUCGUGGAUUCCGCAUCCAGUGCAACAAAUGGGCUAUACUAGUAAGGCUACUUUUAGGGGAGAUACCAGAGAGAACUGUUUUCAUGCAGAAAGGAAUGAAGGCGGCUUUGACACCAUAUUUUGAGCUUACAAAUGCUGUUCGCGUUGGGGACCUAGAAGUGUUCAGAGUUGUUGCAGAUAAAUUUGGGAGCACUUUUAGUGCUGACAGGACAUCCAAUUUGAUCGUGAGGCUGCGCCACAACGUCAUCCGGACUGGAUUGCGCAACAUUAGCAUUUCCUACUCACGGAUCUCCCUUGCCGACAUUGCCAAGAAACUGAGGCUAGAUACUAAGACCGCUGUUGCUGAUGCUGAGAGCAUUGUAGCCAAGGCCAUUAGAGAUGGGGCAGUUGAUGCCACCAUCGAUCAUGCCAAUGGUUGGGUGGUGUCGAAAGAGACUGGCGACGUGUACUCAACAAACGAGCCACAGGCUGCUUUCAACUCCAGGAUUGCAUUCUGCCUGAACAUGCACAAUGAGGCCGUCAAGGCUCUGAGGUUCCCCCCGAAUUCUCACAAGGAAAAGGAGAGUGCCGAGAAGAGGCGAGAGAGGCUCCAGCAGGAGGAAGAACUCGCGAAGCACAUGGCCGAGGAGGAUGACGAUGACUUCUAGGUUGGUUAUCCUCUCUUGGUGCUUUCAGCUGCUGCAUGUUCCAUUACGGAGAAGCGAGGACUACAAAGUUGAUGUUAGGAGCCACACUCCGAUUUCGUUGAGGGACAAUUUAAAUGAUGCUAUUACUCUGUGGUUUUCUAUGCUCCCAACAAUUCUUUUAUCACUACAAAUUGCGUAGAAACCUUAUUUUUCCCUGAGAUACUGUAAUUGAGGAACCGUGUGCUGCGACGGGACACUGUAUUUGGCAUCGCAUCCUGUAUUUGCUUUGCGGGAAGUUGAUUUGAGGAUAA